AUGGAAGAGACAUUUGUUCCAUUCCGCGGAAUUAAAAACGAUCUUCAGAAGAGACUGAAAUGUUACAAGCAUGACUGGAUUGGUGGUCUCAGUGCAGGUUUCAGGAUACUAGCCCCUACCACAUAUAUAUUUUUCGCAUCAGCGAUUCCAGUUAUUUCAUUCGGAGAACAAUUGGAAAGAGAUACAGAUGGGAUACUCACUUCUGUGCAAACAUUAGCAUCAACUGCAAUGUGUGGAGUUAUUCACUCUAUCAUUGGAGGCCAGCCUUUGCUAAUUCUUGGAGUAGCGGAACCAACUAUAAUUAUGUAUACAUUCAUGUUCAAAUUCGCCAAAAAUAGGCCGGAUUUGGGUUCGAAGCUCUUCCUAGCCUGGACUGGAUGGGUAUGCAUGUGGACAGCCGUCUUAUUGUUUCUAUUGGCUAUCUUAGGGGCUUGUUCCAUCAUCAACAGGUUCACUCGGGUCGCUGGUGAACUUUUUGGCCUUCUUAUCGCAAUGCUCUUCAUGCAAGAGGCUAUUAAAGGACUAAUUCAUGAGUUUCGUAUACCCGAGAGAGAAAACCCGGCAUCAAUGGAAUUUCAAUCUUCAUGGAGAUUUGGAAACGGCAUGUUUGCUUUGAUUCUGUCCUUUGGAUUUUUGCUUACAGCAUUGAGAAGCCGGAAAGCAAGGUCUUGGCGAUAUGGAUCAGGAUGUUUACGGGGUCUCGUAGCAGAUUACGGUGUCGCGUUGAUGGUUCUGUUAUGGACUGGUGUUUCUUAUAUACCAUCUGGAAAUAUUCCAACAGGAAUCCCUAGGAGACUCUUGAGUCCAAAUCCAUGGUCCCAUGGUGCAUAUGAAAACUGGACUGUGAUAAAGGAAAUGCUGAAUGUGCCAGUUCUCUAUAUUAUUGGAGCAUUUAUUCCAGCAACAAUGAUUGCUGUGCUUUACUAUUUUGACCAUAGUAUAGCAUCUCAGCUUUCUCAGCAGAAAGAGUUCAAUUUAAGAAAGCCACCUUCAUUCCAUUAUGAUUUACUUCUUUUGGGAUUUAUGGUUAUAUUAUGUGGUCUAAUUGGGAUUCCCCCAUCAAAUGGUGUUAUUCCACAAUCUCCAAUGCACACCAAAAGUUUAGCUACAUUGAAGCACCAGUUACUUAGAAGCCGACUUGUUGCAACAGCUCGAAGAUGUAUGAGAAAGCAAGAAAACUUAGCACAAGUAUAUGGAAGUAUGCAAAGUGCUUACUGGCAGAUGCAAACUCCCCUAGCUCACCAGGAACCUUCCUCAAUGGGAUUAAAAGAGUUGAAAGAAUCAACAAUUCAACUUGCAUCAAGCAUGAGAAGUAUAAAUAGUGCGGUCGAUGAGUCAAUAUUUGAUGUUGAGAAAGAAAUUGAUGAUUUAUUGCCAAUUGAGGUUAAAGAACAACGAGUAAGCAACUUGCUUCAAUCUCUAAUGGUAGGAGGAUGUGUAGCAGCUAUGCCUUUCCUGAAAAUGAUUCCAACUUCUGUACUGUGGGGAUAUUUCGCUUUCAUGGCCGUUGAAAACUUACCUGGCAACCAGUUCUGGGAGCGAAUGUUAUUCAUUUUCACUGCUUCGAGCAAAAGAUACAAAGUUCUGGAGGAAAGCCAUGCGACUUACGCAGAAACUGUACCUUUCAAGAUAAUUGCAGCAUUUACAUUGUUCCAGACUGUAUACUUGCUUGUUUGUUAUGGUAUCACUUGGAUUCCAAUCGCCGGUGUUCUUUUCCCAUUGAUGAUAAUGCUCCUCGUUCCUGUAAGACAGUACAUUCUGCCCAAGUUCUUCAAAGGGGCACACCUUCAAGAUUUAGAUGCUGCAGAAUAUGAAGAAGCUCCAGCAUUACCAUUCAACAUAUCUGCUGAUGGAGAGUUGAGCAGAACAGAUUCCUUUGCACAUGAAGGAGAGAUUCUGGAUGGGAUUAUCACUAGAAGCCGUGGAGAGGUUAAACGAAUUUGCAGUCCAAAUGUGAUGAACUCCAUUGUAAUACCGUCCAAAGAGUUUACAAGUAUUUCAAAGUCCAUACUUCCAAGAUAA